GGAAGGGAGAGCGAGAGAGAUAGUGGUAGACCGGUAGGUUAGGCGUUAAGAAAAGAGACAAGAAUGGAGGGAAGCAUAGGCAUGGGUGUGAGUAGCACUAGCAGCAACGAAGACGAUAAAGCAAAGAAAGGGUUAGAAGGCACUGCCAUUGAUUUACCCAUUAACCGUCAUGCCAACUUGAAAAGCGCUUCCAGCGAUGACGACUUCACUCACAUUCUCGCACACAUCAAAUCCUCCAAAACUCCCGCUGUUAUCAAUUAUGGCGCUUCUUGGUGUUCGAUGUUGGAACUCUUCCAAUAUUUGACUUCAGUGGAAAUUCGGAACCCUAUAGUUUCGGGAAACCAUCUCCUUUUCUGGUGUCGCGUUUGUAGCCAAAUUCUCCCCGCAUUCUGUAGGCUGAGCAAUAAUUUCCCAAAGCUUUCCUUUAUAUAUGCAGAUAUUGAUGAAUGCCCGGAGACAACUCAACACAUUCGAUAUACCCCGACCUUCCAAUUUUUUCGAGAUGGUGAAAGGGUAGAUGAGAUGUAUGGUGCUGGAGAAGAAAGGCUGCAUGAUCGCCUGUGGUUGCACUCUUGAGGAAAUGUAAGAGAUAAACAUUAUGUUUGCAAUUUCUCAAUAGAUGUAACAUUGUCAAUCAUCAAAAAUUCAGUGAAUGUCACGAUAAAACCUAAUUAUUGCAUGUCUCCAUUAGAAACUAGGGCCGUAGGAA